AUGUUACUCCUAACGGCAAAACAUCUAUCUACAGUUCUUGAGGAGGAAGCUCCUGAAAAAUCCACCGGUAUUGACUAUGAUCAACAUGAGGCCUAUGAGUACUUCCACUCGAUGUAUUUUAAGGUCAUACUAUACAUUCUUAGAUUGAUUGACAAAUCGAUCUCUGACUCUGUAAAAGGCAUAAUCUCUCUUAAGGGUAUGAUGAAUAAGCUCAAGGAGCUUUUUAGUCAGACUAACAUGCACAAGUAUCAUGAGCUCGUUGGUCUUAUCUAUAAUACCCAGAUGACGGUAGGGACUCCAGUAAUUGAUCAUGUGAUGAAAUUGUGA